UAAAUUAUUAGCAUCACAAUAGGAACGCCGUAGAAUGGUGACAACGCAUUUUAAUUAAUGACUUUUGGAACAAUGGAGCAGAAAAGGAAGAGCAAAAGUAGAGUUUCCGUGAGGAUGAGCGAAAGUAAGAGACAUUCUGUGAAAAGUUCAGUCCAGACACCGGCAGUAACUGAAGAUCCUGUCAAAACUGACGGAAAAGAGGAAACGGAGAAUGCACAAGUCGAAGGCGAAGCGGGUGACCAGAAGCAGGAUGAAGUGGACAAACCAAAGCAGGACGGUGAGGGUGAACCGAAGGAGGGUGAAGCGGUUGAGAGACCAUCAGUAAAGUUAUCUGCUAAGAUGAGUACUAAAAAAAUGAAAAAGUUGAUGGAAGGAAAGCUGAAGACAGAUUUCGACAGUUGCUUAACACCAGAAGAAAAGAAGGCGAAAAAAGAUGCGAAGAAAAAGAAAGGAAAGGGAAAAGGAAAGAAAUCUAAAUCGGUAUCCGAGUCUGCAGAUACAGGUUAAUUACAAAUCAAUAUUUAGAUGUUAAACCAUAGUAGACAUCUUAAAUAGUAUAUGACAAUUUUGUUUUUAAGACAAAGAGAAAAUAGAAGGGUCUUCUGCCAAUUUGGAUGCUCCUGAAAAAGCUGAAGAAGAAGCGGGUAAAGAAGAGGAAGAAGGUAAAGUUGAUGAAGA